CCAUCCAUCUCCUUCUCCUGAUCCUUUUCCCCGCACACACGAUCACACUCUACAAAGCUAGCUUCCUUGCUUACACACCUCUCCCUUUCCUCACCUUCUCUCUACUGCGGCCGCCGCCGCUAGCUGGAGCGAGAGACAGCACCCGCGCGCCGCUCAAGGUCGUCACCGGCAGCUGGAUCGGAGGCUUGAUCUGAGGAAGGAAGUAGCCAUAGCAGCAGCCGCUCCUGCGGGCCGAUCCAUCUCCAUCCAUGUCGGGCGCGAGGCAUGAGCACCACCUGUCCGGUGACUUCCAGUUCCACGACGAGCUGGCGUCGCUGUUCGCGCAUCAGCGGCCCGACGCGGCGCCGAUGGCGCAGCCGUGGUUCAUGGACUACCUGCACGCGACCGCGGCGGCGGCGUCGCCGCUGGACUGCGACGCCUUCGUGGGGGACUUCAUCGACGUGCCGGCGGUGGCCGCGGACGAGGUAGUCAAGAGGGAGCUCGUGAUGGUGGAUACUGCGGCUGCCGGCAGCGGCGGCGGGACGCCGACGCCGACGACGGCGCCGCUCACUCCCAACAGCAUGUCGAUGUCGUCCACGUCCAGCGAGGCUUGCGGCGCCGGGGCCGGAGCGGGCGAGGAAUCGGCGGCUGGUAAGUGCAAGAAGGAGGACGGCGAGGAGGAGGGGCUCGAGAGCAAGGACGACGGAUCGGCGGCGGGCAAGGGAGACGGUGGGGAAGGAGAGGAGAAGAACAAGAAAGGGGCGGCCAACAAGGGCAAGGGCAAGGGCGAGAAGCGGCCCCGGCAGCCGCGGUUCGCGUUCAUGACCAAGAGCGAGGUCGACCACCUCGAGGACGGCUACAGGUGGCGCAAGUACGGCCAGAAAGCUGUCAAGAACAGCCCAUUUCCGAGGAGCUACUACCGGUGCACGACGCAGAAGUGCCCGGUGAAGAAGCGGGUGGAGCGGUCGUACCAGGACGCGGCGGUGGUGAUCACCACGUACGAGGGCAAGCACACGCACCCCAUCCCCGCCACGCUGCGCGGGAGCUCGCACCUCCUCGCCGCCGCGCACCACCACCCGAUGGGCGGCCUCCACCACGUGCACCCGCACUUCCGGAUGGCGCCGCCGCCGCCGCCGGCGGCGCUCGGCGGCUUCAGGCCCGGCGGCGGCGCCAACGCCUUCGACGCGCUCGGACUCGGACUCCUGCAGCCGCCGUCGUCGUCGCAGCAGCAGCAGCAGGGCCACCAUCACCACCACGGCGCCGCCGCCAUGCAGCAGCUGGCCGUCAGCGGCGGCGCCGCCGGAGUGCAGCAGGUGAAUGCUGCCGCCGCCAUGGCGAGCCACGCGGCGCUGCCAGACGAUGGUGACCAGCACGGCUUGGCUGCCAUCGCAGGUGCGGCUGGUACUACGACGGCGGCAACUACUGCCGCCAGUGCUCCGCUCCGGAUGCAGCACUUCAUGGCGCAAGACUAUGCUGGGCUCCUGCAGGACAUGUUUCCAUCCUUCGUUCACAGCGACGAUGAUGGCCACCAUCACCACCAUUGAUGUGACGAGUGAUGACUGAGUUUUUCUGCUUUAAACGAUCGAUGGUGACGAUGAUGGUCGAUCGAUCGGGAGCUAGUAGCCAGAGAGAUAGCUGCUAGAGAUUUGGUUGCUCUUAACUUUUUUGGUUCUUCGUGGUAUCGUUGUACGAUGAUGUGAUCUGAGGUAGCUAGUAGUAUAGCAUCAUCAUCAGUAGUAUAGGACGGGCACCUAUCCGGUACUAGCUAGCUAGCUAGGAGUUUGUUGUACAUGUACCUGAUUCCUAAUGAGCCCAUCAAGCUCUGCACUUAAUUUCAUUAAGCUGGGGGCAUGCAUGCAGUACUGUACUGUUGAGCAGUCGCAGUAUUCUGGCACGUUACCCGUCUAUUCUAA